GGCGUAUCCUCGCCCCACAGGGAUAUCCUCUCCGCAUACCCUUCUCAUCCAACAAACUAUAAAAGAACGACAGAGAGAAAGAAACCAGACAACAUCCAUCACGAAAGAAAGAAACCAGAGAGACGAGAAAGAAGGGAAGGAAGAGGCCGGAAAGCAAGCGUUUUUGUCAGUUUCCCUCCUACUUUUCUUUUGGUCACCCCUGUGAAGCCUUUGGAUUUCUUCUACGUUGGCAAAUCUGAGUAGAGAUGGGGAGUCACGAACAGCCUGCCUCCAGCAUUUCUUUUCUUCCGUGUUGUUGAGCUUUGGGAAGAGCCAGGAAGGAGGAGGAGGAGAAGCCAUGGCAUUGAGGCGUGAUGCUGUAGUUCCUCAGCAGUAGCGAGGUUUGUAACCUAAUUCUGCUCUAUUAAAGGCUCAUUGAAGUGAUCCUCAACUACCAGCGCAUUGAAGAGAGGAUCCAGUAAAAGAGAAGCCAAGCCUUGCAUCAGCAAACUCUGUUUGAGAGCUUCUUUCUUUAUAUUUUAUUUACAUUGUUAUAUCUGCUUAUUUUGAAGCUUGUAAUCUUUAAACUCUACUCUCUGAUAUUUGUUACUUGAUUCAAUCAAGGGGUUAAGGUUUGUUGGUGAGCCCGUAAAACCAACAGUGUAGAUUUUGGUUAGUGAGCCCGUAAAACCAACUGGGUUGUUUGUGAGUCCGGAAAAAUAAAUAGAGUGGUAUUAGUCAGUGAGCCAGGGAAAAUCGAUCAGGUUCGUUGUGAUCCUAUGAAAACAACAAGUUAGGUUGUGAGCUUGUAAAACAACCGGGCUGUAAUCUUAGGAUUAUAGUGAAUUCCCAAGGAAAGCUUGGGGAGUGGAUGUAGGAACAAGGUUGGUUUACUUAAAACCACUAUAAAAACCUUGUGUUUGUAUUGUGGUUUAUCUUGCUUUACUUCUUUACUGUUUUCUUAUAUAUUACUUAAUUACAUUUGUUUAAAAUCAAGAAAGCUUUCAUAAUCCUCAAUAGAUAAAAUUAAAGAAUCUAAUUUUAAUUAGAACCCAAUUCACCCUUCCUCUUGGGUUGUCUUCUGGGCAACAAGUGGUAUCAGAGCAGGUGCUCUAAUAUUGAUUGUUGAUCCAAUUUAAUUAAAACAAAAGAUUAAAUGGCAACUCAAUUUGGGUCUACCCUAAGUAAAGGGCAGUUUACCAAUAGGCCACCUUUGUUCAAUGGAACAAACUACACCUAUUGGAAGGCUAAAAUGAGGAUAUUCAUACAAGCCCAAGAUUAUGAUGUUUGGAGCAUAAUAAUAAAUGGACCAUACAUUCCCACACACAUUGUAGAUAAUAUUGCAAUUCCCAAGCUUGAAAAAGAUUGGGAUAAUAAUGAUAAGAAAAGGGUCCAACUAAAUGCUAAGGCAAUGAAUGUACUUUAUUGUGCUUUAGAUACAAAUGAAUUCAAUAGGAUUUCCACCUAUAUUUCGGCUAAGGAAAUAUGGGAUAGACUUGAGGUUACCCAUGAGGAUACCAAUCAGGUGAAGGAAUUUAAAAUCAACAUGCUUGUACAUAAAUAUGAACUGUUUAAAAUGGAACCAUCUGAAACCAUCACAUGCAUGUUCACAAGAUUCACUGAUAUCAUUAAUGGCUUAAAAAGUCUUGGAAAAACUUAUUCUAAUAGUGAUCUUGUCAGGAAAGUCCUUCGUUCUCUACCUUGCACAUGGGAAGCUAAAGUGACAGCUAUCCAAGAAGCUAAAGAUCUCAACACACUUCCACUAGAAAAGCUUCUUAGAUCGCUGAUGACCCAUGAGCUAACUAUGAAGCAGUACACCGAGAAAGAGAGCCAAAGGAGAAAGGUAAUAGCUUUCAAAUUCACUGCUCACAAGAAAAAUGACAGUAGCAGCAGUGAGGAUGAAGAAGAAGGAGAUGAGGAAGAAGCUCUUGUUAGGAAGUUCAAAAGGUUCCUAAGAAAGAAGAAACCUUCCUACAAGAAGAGAUUCACUUCAAAUGCCUUUGAUAAGGAAAAAGGUAAGAAAAAAGAGAAAGAGGCAGUCGCUUGUUACGAAUGCAAGAAACCCGAUCACUUUAGAGCCGACUGCCCACUAAUGAGAAAAUAUGGAAAGAAGAAGAAGCUCUUCCUCACUACUUGGAGUGAAACUGAAGAUUCAUCUUCAGAAGAAGAACCGCAAGAAAAGACAAAUCUUUGCCUAAUGGCUGAUGGCAAUGAGGUAAGCACUGAAACUCAUCUUGGCUUUACUUUUGAAGAGCUUUAUGAUGCAUUUAAUGAAUUAAUGGAUGAAUGCAAAACUCUUACCUUAAAGAACAAAAAAUUAAAGUCAUCCAAUCAAACUUUCAUGCAUAAGACUGAUAAAUUAAUUAAGAAUAAAGAAAACUUAAUUAGCGAAAAUUCUGAUUGAAAGCAUCCAAGCAAUGUAUUAGACGUUUUAGAAUAGCUAAAGCGAUCGUUUUGAAAUAAUUUAAAAAACCUAAAGCUGAAGUCAACCUAGUCACAGAGCAACAGAUCUGAGGCUGUGGUUUCCAAGAAGCAAUGCAAAAAGAUUUAAAUCAAUAAGAAAGAAGCUCACAAAGGUUUUGUAACUUUAAGUCAUCGUAGCUGAAACAUCCUUACCCCUCAGCACCCCAGACUGUAACAACAUUACCAAUGUCUCCAAGUGCUUUUCGUUUCUUUCCAUCUGCUCCAGCUGCUGCUUUUUACUUCCCAACAGCAGCACCUAAUGCUCAGGACAAAAUCAGAAGAAUUAACACAAAAAGAAUAAAACAAGGGCCAAUACAUGGCGAUUCAUUAUGGCAUGUAGAAGAGCAACAACCUUCACAAUGGAAGAUCAAGCUAAUAAAAGUUGCCAAAAUUCCCAUCUCUUUAGUAGAAACAAACUAAAAAUUGAAGAGAGAAAACAGAGCAUUGAAUCCACAUAACAAUGUAGGAGAAAAUACACGCAUUACAACGUUUGAAAACCUACACGGAAGAAAAGAAUGACUGGGGAGGGCAGGCUGUUCGCGACUCCCCUUCGCUGCUCAGAUUCAGAAUAGAGCAUUUCUGAAAACCUCCAGUACAGUUGAUCUAAAAGAACAUGGAAAGAACUCAAAUAACAAAUUUAACAUGAGGAAACCAAAAUUAGACAGGAAAAGAAGAAACAAAAGAAUGCAACAAAAAAAAGAAAAAAAAGGUAAAGGAGAAAACGAAGAAAAGAUCUUCACAAUGGCUAACAUACAGAUAAACAAACGAAAAACCUAUAAAGAACAUUAAGAUAGAUAUGGUUCAAAGUAGGAUGAAGACAAUUAAAGAUUCAUAUGAGAAAAAGAUAGCAAGAAAAUGUUUUUCUCUCAUGAAACCAUUCAAAAACCAAACUAAGAGAUAAAAAAGAAUGAGAUUUGAAAGAAGUGGGCUUCUGAUUCUAUCCCACCUCGCUGCUGCUGAGGAACUACAGCAUCACCCUCCAUGUCAAGGCUUCUUCUCCUCCUGGGUUGUUAUAGUGUCUCUGUUGCAGUUUCUCCUUUUAGUUUACCUAUCAUAGCUGACAAGCGUUUGCUCUUUCUGACUAUGUGGGCUCCCAAGUUAAGAUCAACGCAAAGAUGAGAGAAAUUCUGGCUGAUUUGCUGAUUGGCUGAUUGAAGAACACCAUAAGUUCAAGCUGAGAACUGAGGCUCUCUUACCUUACAUUUUACAUAAUUAAUCUGUACCUUUCCAUGGAAACAGUCCUGAGGAUAAAGUUGCAGCUUGUGGGUAUGAGUGUUAUGCUCAUCGAGUACGAGGAGAAGACCAUGGAGGCUCCAGAGGUAGUAAUUAUAAUAUUCUUUAACCAAAGACUAUUUCUUUAAUGUGUUUGUUUUCUUGUAUUGAUUCCUGAGUUGUUGAAAUUGGCUGAGAGCUGGUCAAGGACUUCAUAUGCGGGCAUAUCGCAGAGAGCAGAUAUUGACCAUGGAGAAAAGAAUUCUGGACAAGCUUGAAUGGAACCUAACUGUGCCCGCACCCUAUGCGUUCCAAGUGCAUUUUCUGAAAGCAGCCAUGUGUGAUAAAGAGAUUUGGAAGACUGCUAAAGCUUAAAUCCAUCGGUCUAGUAAGUGAAGCUUAAACCAUGAGAGACUGCCACCUUUCCCCUCAUUCAUAAAGCAACUGAAAUAACAGAGACUGGGGUUAGCCAAAGUCUUCUGGAAAGCUUCUCAGAAGUCAGAAGAUUGCUACAUUUCCUCCUUUCCUUCGAAAAGUUGGAUGAUUGUUUUGAUACAAUUUGGUAGGGAAAUUAAAUCAGAAUUUUGUUGUAAUAGAUCGAUAAUUCUAUAUAUUUGAAAAUGAUUUUCUCUGGGCAUUUAACUGUGUUUGGCUGAUAUAAACAUCAUAUUUUUCAUAUUAUUAUAUGAAGAUGAAGCUUUCAC